ACUAGAGCUAUAUAUGGAUAAUCUUCAUCUAAAAUCAUAUUCAUCACAAUCUGAAUGAUUUUUGAGAUUUUUCUGCAUCUUUUGGUGUGACCACAGCCACCCCCAAAAAUAUCGGUUGGCCAACUUGCUCCCACGUUUAUAUCCACUUGGCCUCUCUCCUCUGCCUUUUUUCAAAAACGCUUCUCAACAACAAAAACAACCAAAAAAAGCAGGGUAAGGGUCACUCUUAACAUUUUCGUCUUGAAUGCGAGAGAGACUCACACUAUCUGAAUCCAACUGAGAUCUGCAUUCUGCAUAACUCUCCGCCUUCCCUGCAGGACAAGCAUAUGCCAGGAAACAAUUAUAACUGCAAUCCUUCCACACCCAGAAGUAGAUUGGAAAGGCUUCUCAGGGAAAGAGAGCUAAGGAGAUCAAACCGCGUUUUGCAUCCAACUGAAGAUGGAAACAGACAGGCAGAACUCUUAGGGAAUGAUAAUUUUUUGACUGAGGGUGAAAAUUUUGGUCUAUCUAGUGAGGAAGAUUUUCCGGAAGGGGUUGCUGCGGCAAAAGCUUUUGCCGAUGGAUGUGAAUGGAAAGAGGGACGGACUCCUAAGCAACGUUUAUUGGUGGUGGCUAACAGGUUACCUGUCUCUGCAGUUAGGAAGGGUGAGGACUCAUGGCAGCUUGAGAUGAGUGUAGGUGGGCUAGUCAGUGCACUUUUAGGCGUGAAGGAGUUUGAUGCAAGAUGGAUUGGUUGGGCUGGUGUAAAUGUACCUGAUAGUGUUGGACAAAAAGCACUGACUAAAGCUUUAGCUGAAAAGAGGUGCAUCCCAGUGUUUCUUGACGAAGAAAUUGUUCAUCAAUAUUACAAUGGUUAUUGUAACAACAUCUUGUGGCCACUUUUCCAUUAUCUUGGACUUCCACAAGAAGACCGCCUUGCAACCACCCGAAGUUUCCAAUCUCAGUUUGAUGCAUAUAAGAAGGCAAACCAAAUGUUUGCUGAUGUUGUGCACAAACACUACCUGGAUGGAGAUGUUGUUUGGUGCCAUGAUUACCACCUCAUGUUUCUUCCUAAAUGCCUGAAAGAACAUAACAACAAAAUGAAAGUUGGUUGGUUUCUCCACACACCUUUUCCUUCCUCAGAAAUACAUAGGACACUGCCAUCUCGAUCAGAAUUGUUGCGAUCUGUUCUUGCUGCUGAUUUGGUUGGUUUCCAUACCUAUGAUUAUGCAAGGCAUUUUGUUAGUGCUUGCACUCGUAUUCUUGGUUUAGAGGGUACACCUGAAGGAGUAGAGGAUCAAGGAAAGCUGACUCGUGUGGCUGCGUUUCCAAUUGGGAUAGACUCAGAUCGCUUCAUUCGAGCUCUAGAACUCCCUCAAGUCCAGGAGCACAUGAAAGAACUGAAAGAAAGAUUUGCUGGCAGAAAGGUAAUGUUGGGCGUUGAUCGUCUUGAUAUGAUUAAGGGGAUUCCUCAAAAGAUUUUGGCGUUUGAAAAAUUUCUAGAGGAAAAUUUGAACUGGCGUGAUAAAGUAGUCUUGCUGCAAAUUGCUGUACCGACAAGAACAGACGUUCCUGAGUAUCAAAAGCUCACAAGCCAGGUUCAUGAGAUUGUUGGACGCAUUAAUGGGAGGUUUGGAACUCUUACUGCUGUUCCAAUACAUCAUCUGGAUCGAUCUCUUGACUUUCACGCAUUAUGUGCACUAUACGCUGUUACUGAUGUAGCCCUUGUUACAUCUUUAAGGGAUGGAAUGAAUCUUGUGAGCUAUGAGUUUGUUGCUUGCCAAGCUUCCAAGAAAGGAGUUCUCAUUCUAAGUGAGUUUGCAGGUGCAGCACAGUCACUUGGUGCAGGGGCUAUAUUAGUGAACCCGUGGAAUGUCACAGAAGUAGCUGCUUCCAUAGGUUAUGCUUUAAAUAUGCCAGCUGAUGAAAGAGAAAAGCGUCACCAUCAUAACUUCAUGCAUGUAACAACUCACACGUCUCAGGAGUGGGCUGCAACCUUUGUAAGCGAACUCAAUGACACAAUUGUUGAAGCUCAACUAAGGACGAGACAAGUUCCUCCUUUACUUCCAAUCCAAGUAGCAGUUGAUCGUUAUUUGCAAUCCAGCAAUCGAUUACUUAUACUGGGAUUCAAUGCCACUUUGACUGAACCAAAGGACACCCUCGGGAGAAGGGGUGGUCAAAUUAGAGAAAUGGAACUUAAAUUGCAUCCAGAUCUCAAGGAACCCUUGAAAAAGCUUUGUGAUGACUCAAAGACAACAAUUGUUGUCCUCAGCGGAAGUGACAGAAGCGUCUUGGAUGAUAACUUCGGUGACUACAACAUGUGGCUGGCAGCAGAAAACGGGAUGUUCCUACGUCUUACAAUGGGAGAAUGGAUGACAACAAUGCCAGAAAAUUUAAAUAUGGAUUGGGUCGACAGCGUAAAGCAUGUUUUUGAGUAUUUUACUGAGAGAACGCCGCGGUCUCAUUUUGAGCUUCGUGAAACUUCACUUGUAUGGAACUACAAGUAUGCAGACAUUGAGUUUGGAAGGCUCCAAGCAAGAGAUCUGCUGCAGCAUCUGUGGACAGGCCCAAUCUCAAAUGCAUCUGUUGAUGUCGUCCAAGGUGGUCGAUCCGUGGAGGUCCGAGCAGUUGGUGUUACAAAGGGUGCAGCGAUUGAUCGUAUUUUAGGAGAAAUAGUCCAUAACAAAGGCAUGAAAGCACCAAUUGAUUAUGUCCUGUGUAUUGGGCACUUCCUACCAAAGGACGAAGAUGUCUACACAUUUUUUGAACCAGAGCUUCCUUCUGAGGCACCACCAACUGUUCCUAGACCUAUGGCAGCCAAUCCUGCCAUGACAUCUGUGCCAAGGAUUUCCACAACUAAAAGUGGUUCCAGAGCAGCUCGCCUUAAGAAACAACGGUCCUUGUCAACUUUGGAAAAGAGAGCUACGGUUCAUGGAAUUGGGAAUGCUUGGAGGCCAACACUAAUGCGUGAUAAAAUGUCUCUGCAUGAAGGUUCUUCAGUGCUUGACCUCAAAGGUGACAAUUACUUCUCUUGUGCUGUUGGACGAAAGAGAUCGAGUGCACGAUAUCUCCUUGGAUCAUCGGAUGACAUUGUCACUCUCUUGAAAGAGCUGGCUGAGGGUUCAUAACGGAGUUCAUCAUAUGACAGCCUAAUUCCAAUGCUGCUCAAGCCAAAAGGUGCAGAACCAAGCAUUGAGAUCCAGAUAGCAUGGUUUUGCUGUGACAUUAGUUGCAAGAUUUUUUUCACAAAUACACACCAAUUUCUUCCCCUACAAUUUCCAACUCGACUAGCUAGACGGGUUUUGAGAUCCACAAAACAUUGCUUCUGUAGCUAGAAGAAAACAAGAUAUUGCACAUAUAAAUAUUCAGAUUAUUCAUUAAAUUUGAACA